AGUGCCCCAAAAAAGUACACACGUUGAACAAAAACAAAUCGGAAAUGCUCGAAGAAAAUAUUGAAAAACUAGGAAUUAACGAGGAUAUCAUCACUCCAUGGACUGUCCAAGGUGUUAAUAACGAUGGAAUCAAUUACGAUAAAGUGAUAGAAAAGUUUAAAGUUGAAAAGUUAAGUGAUGAAUUAGUGAAAAAGUUUGAAACUAUAACUGGACAUUCAGUUCACUAUUUAAUUAAGCGAGGAUUUCUGAUUUCGCAUCGAAAUUUUGAGCAAAUAUUAGAUCUGCAUGUCAAUAAAAAGCCAUUCUAUUUGUACACUGGAAUCAGUCCAUCGGAAGCAGUGCAUUUGGGACAUUUAAUGCAAUUUACAAUUACAAAAUGGCUCCAAGAAGUCUUUAAUGUGCCUGUUGUCAUUCAAUUGACUGACGAUGAAGCUGUUUUGUGGAAAGAUUUAAAAGUAGAGAAUGUCAACAAGCUAGUUAAGGAGACAACGAAGGAAAUCAUUUCUAUGGGAUUUGAUGUAUCCAAAACUUUUAUAUUCUCAAGUUUUACAUACAUGGGACAAGAGCCUGAAUAUUAUAGAAACAUCAUUCGAGUACGAAAAAGUGUUACUUAUGGGAAAAUUAAAGAGACUUUUGGAUUUAACGACUCAGAUUCUAUUGGUAAAAUUGUCUUUCCAUCCAUUCAAUUGAUUCCAACACUUUCAAAUACUUUCCCUCAAAUGUUUGGCGAUCAAAAAGUUCAAGCUUUAUGCGUCUGUGGUAUCGAUCAAGAGCCAUACUUUCAAUUGAUGAAAGAAAUUUCACCAGCACUUGGAUUUCCUGAACCGGCUAUUCUACAUUGUAAAUUUAUUCCAGCACUAAGUGGAGUCACAACGAAAAUGUCAUCAAGUGACGCAAAUACAGCUAUAUUCCUUAAUGAUACAGCAAAGCAGAUAAAAACGAAAGUUAAUAAGCAUGCAUUUUCUGGUGGCAAAGUAACUGUCGAAGAGCAUCGAGAAUUAGGCGGUGACACAACUGUAGACGUUGCUUAUCAUAUCCUUAAGUACUUCCUUCCAGACGAUGACGAAUUAGAGAAAAUUAGACUAGCAUACAGUUCUGGUGAAAUGCUUACUGGCGAAAUUAAGAAGCUUGCUAUUGAAUGUAUUCAAGAAAUAAUCACAAGUCAUCAAGACAAGAAGAAGGCCGUAACCGAUCCUAUUAUCGAACAAUUUAUGAAACCGAGAAAGUUAUAAAAAUAAUUUUUAACAGGAAAUAAAAGAAUUUUGGCUUUACUAAGCUUUUGCAAGAUUAAAAUGUUGAGUUAUUCAUGCUUUGUGGUGAAAUUAAUUCCUGAAGCAUGCAAACUUGUAAUUACUAAUGCAAGUUCUAAUACAAAGCUAUAGAAAUGUUCAAAUUUACAGGCACAGUUAAUAAAAGUGCCAUAUUUAGUAUGGACACAAACCAUUUGAUAUGAAAAGCCUUAAAAGUUUAAGAAUUCGUUAUGCCUUGACUCUAUUAGGA